ACCGGAAGCGAGGAGUGAGAGAUAAUUCGAAGAAGGGAAACCGGAAACCGGGCGUGAAAGAAAUACGCGCCCUUGCCUAACGACCUACCUGAAGCCACGGCUGACGGGUUGACAGUGGACGGAAACGAGCGCGCACGCGCAGUCGCUCUGAAAGUGGGAUUUGAAAGAGGGCGUGAACAGGCGGCGAGCGCGCGCCACCCAGCGGUCGGGCGGUGGCAGAACUGUAAAAAGGCAAGAGAAGGGGAUGCGACUGCUUGCCUUUCUAUGCUUUUUUCCUGCCCCCGUGACCGGACACGAGAAAAAAUGAACUGGCGGGUGAUGCUGACAGUGGAGAAUGUGGCUUAUUUGCAUCGAGCUUGCAAACAGCUUCAUUCUCUGUCUUAUGGAAAAGUUCACAGAACACAAUGGAAGCCUGUACUAUCAUCUGCCUACCCCAUGUGCCCGGUUCAGCUGCACCCGCGUCUCUGGCAGCCAGACACCAGUCCACAAGCCAGGCUUUUAACUACCAAGGAGAGAAAGAAGUCUGCAAAGAAGAAACCUCAACAGAUAAAACCAAAAGAGGAGAAGCAGGAGGUUGAGAUAAUGAAUGAGAUGACUGUGGCAGCCCUUGCAAAAGCCAUGCAUAAAGACAUAGAUCACAUAUACGAAGCUCUGUUAAACGUGGACAUUAAUUUAGAUGCACUAGAACCAGACUCGGUCUUAAGCGAAAUGUGGAUCAAGCACAUUAUUAAGAAAUCUGGCAUGAAACCUAAAUGGGCCAAGUUAAAAGAGGAAAAAGUAAAAGAAAAUAAAGAUGCUGCGAGGAGGCCUCCCGCAGAUCCGGCUUUAUUAACUCCAAAGCCUCCAGUUGUUACCAUACUGGGCCAUGUUGACCACGGGAAAACAACUCUUCUUGACAGCCUGCGAAAAACUCAGGUGGCUGCAAUGGAGGCAGGAGGCAUCACCCAGCAUAUUGGUGCUUUUCUAGUGCAUUUGCCUUCUGGGGAAAAGAUAGCUUUUCUGGAUACUCCUGGCCAUGCUGCAUUUUCAGCCAUGAGAGCAAGAGGUACUCAUGUCACUGAUAUAGUCAUAUUGGUGGUAGCAGCAGAAGAUGGAGUAAUGAAGCAGACUGAGGAAUCUAUUCAACAUGCUAAAAAUGCCAAAGUUCCGAUUAUUGUUGCCAUCAACAAGUGUGACAAGCCUGAAGCUGAUCCUGACAGAGUGAAGAAAGAGCUGCUGGCUCAUGAUGUGGUUUGUGAAGACUACGGAGGAGAUGUUCAGACUAUCAACAUCUCAGCAUUGAAGGGUGACAACUUGAUGGCUCUGGCAGAGGCAACAGUCACACUUGCUGAAGUGUUGGAACUGAAGGCAGACUUCACGGGCCUUGUAGAAGGUACCAUCAUAGAAUCUUCCGUGGACAAAGGAAAGGGUCCAGUGACCACAGCUGUUAUCCAAAGAGGAACUCUGAGAAAGGGCUGUAUUUUGGUCGCGGGAAAAAGCUGGGCAAAAGUGCGCCUGAUGUUUGAUGAAAACGGCAAGGCGAUGGAAGCCGCCUCCCCAGGCAUGCCAGUGCAGAUUGCAGGAUGGAAGGAGGUUCCCCCAGCAGGAGAGGUCAUCCUUGAAGUCGAGUCUGAGCAAAGAGCUCGUGAAGUUGUUGAUUGGAGAAUCUAUGCUGAACAACAAGAAAAAAUGAAGAAGGAUCUUGAGGUCAUAGAAGCAAAACAAAAAGAGCACACAGAUGCCUACAAGAAGGAGCGAGAGAGCUUUGGCAACAUGACCUGGAAGGAGAGACGGACAGCCAUGUAUCAAGCCAAAAAGCGUCUCAGCUUAUUGCGGCCUAAGGAAAGAGUGCAGAGUGACAAAAACAAACUGCCCGUCAUUAUCAAAGGUGAUGUUGAUGGUUCUGUGGAGGCCAUUUUGAAUAUCCUCGAUACUUAUGAUGCCGAUGAGGAGUGUGAAUUAGAGGUUCUCCAUUUUGGGAUUGGGGAUAUAAGUGAAAAGGACGUAACCCUUGCCGAAACAUUUGAAGGUAUCGUGUAUGGGUUCAAUGUGAAUGCAAGCAAAUCUAUUCAGCAGUUGGCUGCUAAAAAGGACAUAAAGAUUAAAAUCCACAAUAUCAUCUACCGGCUGAUUGAGGAUUUGCAGGAGGAGCUGAGCUGCACAUUGCCUAGGACUGUGGAAGAGCAUAUAUUAGGAGAAGCUGCUGUUUUAGCUACAUUUGAAGUCACGGUGGGGAAGAAAAAGGUUCUAGUUGCUGGUUGCAGGGUACAAAAGGGACAACUAGACAGAAAGAUGAAGUUUAAAUUAAUUCAUAAAGGAGAUGUUGUUUGGUCUGGCCACUUGACAUCACUGAAACACCACCAAGAUGACAUCUCUGUAGUGAAGACCGGCAUGGAAUGUGGGCUUAGUGUGGAGAAGAACAUAGAGUUGCAAGUUGGCGAUGAGGUUGUUUGUUUCAGUGAAGAGGAGGUGGAACAGAAAACUUCUUGGGACCCAGGAUUUUGAGUUUCCAGCACCUGAUGUGAGAGACUGGAAUUUGAGGCCCAAACUCUUAACAAAACAUGGCUUAAUGUGAGCCUUUUAGGAAGCAGACUGCAUUGUAGAAAUUACAGCUCCCAUCUGGACAUUUCAGAAGCGGUUACUAGGAAUAAAAUUUCUGAUCUUACUACACUGUAGUAAUUUCAGCUGCGGAUGACAAGGCAACGGUUUUAGGAGCUGCAAGAUGUGACAUGUGCCUAAUGUAUACUUCACUAAAAAAAAACCACAAGAACUCAGUUUAGGCUGGACCAAAAUAUAAUUUUGCUGGACAUA